GCAAGGUUCUAACAACUUCAAUCUCUCUCUCCUUUCCUCCCAUUUCAAUUCAUUUCUCUUUUGCAAAGUUCUUACAACUUCAAUAUCUCUCUCCUUUCCUCCCAUUUCAACAACAAAAAAAAAAACUCUCUCCUUUCCUCUCUAUCGUUUUCUAUUGUUUGUGCGUAUACCUUUCCAAAUCUGUCAUGGAAAAAACUGUGUCAUUUUUACAACCUCCAACUUAUGGGAAUGUUAUCACCAUUCUUAGCAUUGAUGGGGGUGGAAUAAGAGGAAUUAUCCCAGGAGUAAUACUUAGCUUCUUAGAGUCUGAGCUUCAGAAACUAGAUGGUGAGGAUGCAAGAAUCGCAGACUAUUUUGAUGUGAUUUCUGGUACAAGCACUGGCGGACUUGUGACUGCCAUGCUAACUACUCCCAAUGAAAAGAAUCGCCCUAUGUUUGCUGCCAAAGAUAUUAAGGAGUUCUACCUUGAUCACAGUCCCAAAAUUUUCCCUCAAUCUCGGAAUUUUCUAUUUGGUCAAGUAAGAAAGGUAAUCAAGGCCAUAAUAGGACCAAAAUAUAAUGGCAAGUAUCUGCAUAAUCUUGUUAAAGAAAAACUGGGAAACACGCGAUUGCAUCAAACAUUGACUAAUGUUGUAAUUCCAACUUUCGAUAUCAAGCGGCUCCAGCCUACCAUCUUCUCUAGCUACGAGGUGAAACAAAAUCCAAGCCUUGAUGCCUUACUCUCUGAUAUAUGCAUUGGAACUUCAGCUGCGCCAACUUAUCUACCUGCACAUCGUUUUGAAACCAAAGAUUCAGCAGGAGGAGUGAGACAAUUCCAUCUAAUAGAUGGUGGCGUUGCUGCUAAUAAUCCGGCUUUAAUUGCCAUCAAUGAAGUGACUAAGGAGAUAAACCGGGGAAGUCCCGACUUCUUUCCGAUAAAGCCGACGGAGUAUCGCCGGUUUCUGGUUGUAUCCUUAGGAACAGGCUCACCAAAAUCUGAAGAGAAGAAUGAUGCAAAUGAAGCAGCAAAGUGGGGUGUUUUAGGGUGGUUAACACAUGGUGGUUCGACUCCAUUGGUGGAUGUAUUCACUCAAUCAAGUAGUGACAUGGUGGAUCUUCUCAUUUCCACAGUUUUUCAAUCCCUUCAAUCUGAAAAUAACUAUAUCCGAAUUCAGGAUGACACAUUAGGUGGGGAAGUUUCAUCGGUUGAUGUUGCAACCACAAAAAAUUUGGAAGAUCUAGUAAAAAUUGGUGAGGGUCUAUUGAAAAAACCAGUUUCAAGAGUAAAUUUGGAUACAGGCAUGUAUGAGGCCUCAGAUCAGGUUACCAUUACCAAUGAGCAGGCUCUAAUCAAGUUGGCAGAUGUACUCUCCAAGGAGAAGCGUAUCCGGGAGGCUAGAUCACCAAUGGGACAUUCUCCAAAGUUAGAUCAAUCGAUUAUCCUGAAUAACUAAAAUCAAGCUCAUGAAAUUUAGAGGUGGAGACCUGAUUAUUAACCUCACAAUUCAUUAUUAGUUAGUGAAUAUGAAUAAAGCCUGGGUGUGCCAGUGUAGUAAUGUAACUCAUAUUUUCAUAUUUUACGUAAUUUAAUAAGUAAUUAGUUGAAAUUCACAUUGU